AAACUGCUUUUGCAUUUUUGCGUUGUCAAUCACAAUCAGUUAACAAUGUUACUAUUACAUGACUUAAUUAAUCAGCUGAUGACCAAAACUGUCGUCGCUUACUUGUCCUAAACGUUUUUCAUUUGUUUUAAUUCGCACAUAUUUUUUAUCACUUUAAUCCUGGCGUUUUCUUACAAUUUUACACCAUUAACUGCCUUAUUUUAUAGGUGCCUUUAUAAUGUCACAACAGGCUAGACUACUGGGCCUGUCCCUACAGUUUCUAUAUCAGUAUUUAAGAUAUCCGGUGAACAUAUAUUUUUUCAUGGUGUCGUACAAUUUGCUGUAAUAUUGUUUUAUUUCGGCCGGUGACCUCAUAUACUUUAGAUAUGUUUUAUGACAUCUAUGAUUUCUUAAUAAUUAUAAUAUGUUAAAUAAAUGAGCGAAUUUUUUUUAGAUAAAGUUAUUGCUUCUUUAUCAGACCUAUUUUGCAAUCUUUCAGGGCUUGUGCUAUUUGUUUUCGCGAUAUAUUUACAGUGUGUUUUGCUCGUACCAUACAACUCUAUCGAAUGACACCAAACUAUUAGUGGGUUAUCAAGCAACUAAAAUACACAUUAUUAUCAUGCAUAAUACUCUAUAAAUGAACAAAACGCUUAUAUAUAUUAAACAUUUUACAAAUGCUCACAAAAAGAAAGGAGACUCAAAAAAUGGGAAUCAGUCUCCAAAAGCCUCGGGUUCGAAGCAAAUGACAAACGGACUCGCAGAGGACGACAAAACGCCGUCGUCACCGUCGGGCUCCCGUGGGGGUGGACAAGCUGGGGACCCUCCCAACUAUCACCGCUCCCAAAUCCCCCCGCCCCGACCCCCGCGGACUAUGAAACCAGAUAUCUUCUCCCUGGAGAGAUACAAGGAGGUGGACGACUAUGUUCUGAAUGCCCCGCCGAAACUGCUGGUCGGCAACUUUAAUGAGCUGAUCAAGUAUCUGACCCGGAGUCACGACAGAUGGGACGACCUGUGCAAGGUGCGAGCCAUCUUCCUUUGGGUCACCUCCAUCGACGUGUACAACCUGAAGGUGGACGGCGUGCCACCAACACACUCCCCCCUCGAGUACUUCACCAAGAUACAGUGUAACAUGGGCAACCAUGCCCACCUCAUCUCCGGACUCUGCCAAAUGGCGGGAAUCCCGUGUGUCAUCAUCAGCGGUAUGAACAAGAGCGCCGCUUAUGACAUUGGAGGGCGCGUAGACCGGAAGUCAAUGGGCGCGCAGUGGAACGCCGUGUACGUGAAUGACGACUGGCGCUUCCUGGAUGCCUUUUGGGCGUCUGCGUGUGUCGUCGGCCGCAAAACGGGCGAGUGGACGCUUGUGGAUUCAGACGGAAACGUGACACAGGAGGACGAGGAGUCAUCGGAAGGAACGACGCAACACAGGAUCAACGAGUUUUAUUUCUUCCCGGACCCCGACAAAAUCAUCUGGACCCACUUCCCGGAUGAGGUGCAGUGGCAGCUGCUGGACCGCCCUGUCAGCCAGAAGGAGUUCGAAGACCACGUGUAUAUCCGGGAACGCUUCCACUACCUUGGCAUGAAGUUGAUGCCCAACAGCCAUGACAAGUGUCUCCUCACCGCCAAGGACGGCGAGAUCGAGCUGGUAUUCUCGUUGCCCGUGAAACAGAGCGAGAACUCGCGGUUCAAGUACAUGCUGUACCAGGGUCAGAAGUCCCGUAACCCGGACGAGGAAGACUUGCUACUCGAUAGGUUCGUCAUGUUUGAGCACACGGCCAACCUGCUUAGGUUCACAAUCAGGUUCCCGCUUAAGGGUAAGUUUAAGAUGGAUGUGUUUGGGUUGGAUGUGAUUGAGUCGGACAUUUUUGACUUGGCAUGUACGUACAUAAUACAGUGCAAUGAGGCUAAAAAGAAUUGUUUGCCACUACCGGAUGUGCCUCCCAUCGGCUGGGGCCCCGGAGCAAACGCGAAAGAAGCCGGGCUUAAACCUAUUACGCACGACGGUGCCAUCAUUGUUACCAAAGAUGGAAAUGUCGAAAUUCGGUUGGCAGCGGAGAAGAAUAUACAGCUUCAUCAGAUGCUGAAACAUGCUCUAAUUGAUGAAGCGACGUUGAGCAAUUACGCAGUGACGCGGUUGGAGAAUGGAGAGGCUGUUGUGAACAUCCGGUUGCCUCAGGGCGGCGAGUACGCUCUUAAACUGUUCGCCGACGAUGCUGGGAAAGAGGGUGUGGCACCAAACGUGCUUAACUACCUGAUUAAGAGCGAAGGCAAGAAUGUCAACAAUGCUCCAUUUCCGAACGUGAGCGACGGGUCUUUGGGCCAGAAGCCGCUCUCGGACAACCUCGGUGUCAAGUCGCUUUCCCACAAGGGCGGCAACAUCCAGACCAAGAAUGGGCGCUCGCGGGUAGAGUUCCAGGCCCGCAGCGGUGUACAACUUAUGGCGGAACUCCACAGCAGUGACGAGCUGGCAUGUAAGCGCAUGAUGGUCACGCCCAAGGAAGAGAACGGCAAGUGGGUGUUCGACCUUGACAUGCCGGAGCAAGGGGAGUACUCCUUGAACGUGUUCGCGUGUUCUAAAAACAGUACCGACAGGAUAUACAAUGUACAUUCUUAUCUGGUGAAAUCAGACGGACGGAAACUGGACGGCGCGGAGAUCGACAUGCGGGCGCAGAACAAGCACUCGCAGACACACGUUCCUAUAGAGACAGUACAGACGUCAGACAACGAAGUGCUAAUACCGAUACCGCCUGGGUUCGAUGACGUUUGCGCGUCCUUGCACAGACGUAACGCUAACGACCCGCCAAACGCUCACCAGGUUGACAUUAUAGAGCAGGACGGAAUCCAGCUGAUCCGUGCGCGACUUCCAGAGUUCGGCGAGUACCAACUGAACCUUUUUGACCGAGAGAAGCGCGCCAUCUGCCGGAAUAUCGCCAAAUAUCAGAUCAACAGACGACCCCCUGGCGAGCUGUACGAGGACAACACUAAGAUGCUGAUGCAGAACCUCGGGGCCACGCAGCCCAUCAUGGAGGAGGACGAGGAUGAGUACGCCGCCGCCUCCAGCCGCGCCGACCGUAACGAGACAGAUGAGGACAAGAACAAACGUAUGGAAGAUCAACAGCAACUCGACGAAGAGGAGCAGAGGCGGGCAACUCGGCGGCAGAUCCAAAAGGCGAUCGACAUGAAGGACCCGGAGAUGCUUGAGCGCUACAUCCAGGCAUACGAGCGCCUCAACCCGGCAUACGAUGACGAGGUUCUACUCAAGGCACGCAAAACGCUCGCGGCGCUCGACGCCAAGGAAGAAUUGACGGCGGCAUGCCAGCGGCGGGACCUGGACUCGCUGAAAAAGGCGAUAGCGCGCGCCAAGGAAGUCAACUACGAUCAUCAACUGGACCUGCAGCUCGCGCUCGCCAACCGCCUCCGUGAUCAACUGGAGCGCAUCGAGAAGCUGCGCCACUCCGUUCUCAACCUGGACAGCAAGACAAUCGCGGAGAUCAAGACAUACAGCAACCCACCGGACGGUGUCCACCAGUCCAUGAUGGCUACAUUCAUUCUACUAGGAAACACGCCCAAGGAAGUCAGGAAUUGGCGGACGUGUCAGACUCUGGUCGGUAAGACCGGAAAGGAGUCCCUGAUGCGGCGGAUCUCUAGUUUCGAUCCCAAAGACUGCAGCCUUUCUAUAGCUCAGAUGGCCAAGCACAUGAUAGAGAACUACUCUAUGUCACAGAUUAGAGACGUGAGCGCCGGGGCGGCGACGUUCUUCGGAUGGUCGCUGGGUAUGAUCGAGGAGAUCGAGUCAACGGGCGGUUCCGGUGUGGGGAUAAUCAGCAAGGCGCCACAGAAACAGGAGCGGCCGAAAACAAAAGCCGGCCGCCGCCGCUAGGUCCUGAAAUGUCGCUUCCUUACCCCCCCCCCAUCCCCCUUCCACCCCCCACACCAUUACAACUAUUAUCAGAGUACUAAUUCUCCUCUUUCACGCUCGCCUGGGUUAUAGUGAGAACAAUGUGUUGAAAGUGCGUCCUCGCUAGAUGGGGGAGGGGUUAUGGAGGCGACAUAAAAUGGUCCCAUUUCUUGUGGUCAAGAGGCCAUGACGUCUGUGAAAACUGCAUGUAUUUUGUGUUUAACAGUUCCUAAACAAAACUAAUGUACGAAUGUCGAUGUGCAUGUAGUGAGACAUUAGUCUGAACGUAUCGAGUUAUCGAGUUGAUUCAGAAAUAGUGCAUGGUUGUGCCUUUUAUUUGGGAAUGUAUUUUUGCGUCAUGCAAACCUUAUUGACAGUGUCUGUCAUUUUGUUACUGUAAAAAAAGUUUUCAUUUAAAAAGAACUCUGCUAUAUUAAUUCACCAUUCACAUUUCAUGAUAUUGUUUAUAAUUGAUUAUUUCUCUUGUUCAUUUAAGAAAGUUGUUAUAAAUUCCGUCUGAUGUUACGAAUGUAUAGUUGCUUUGUUACCAGAAGAUCAAUACACGUUUCAUUAAUGAAUUACGAACGCACUGAGCAUAUAUAUAUAGCCAAGUUAUAGUUAGAUGACAUGAAUUAAAAUCUGUAUCAUUAAGAAUGGGCGGAGUGAGCGUAACAAACGAGUCCUUCUUAAUGAUAUAGAUUUUAAUUCAUGAGCGUAACGAACGAGUCCUCCUUAAGUAUUAAGAGUUUAGUUCCGGUCAUCUAGCUGACUUAGAGUACAAUCUAUUGGCUGAUGAAUUGUCAACGCAAUAUCUUAGGUAUCAGGGAUUGUGUAUCGGAUGAGUGGCAUUAGGCUAACUUUUAAACACCCGCGAAAGUGGAAAUCCUUAAUGAUUAAGCCUAAUACUUCAUGAUUGCAUUUUCAUUGGCUGUAAAUGUUGGAUGUAUUCUUAAGGUAUUAACAUGUUGUUUGAAAGAUGUUUUCUCAGAGUCAAGUCUGGUUAUGCGUUGUACGAGUAUAUAAUGUCCUUACGUGUGUGAAAUCACACAUUGGCAAUUGUUUCUGCUUACUUUAAUACCUGUACACGAUUGAUGAUGCGUUGUCUGGGGAGUGUUGGGUACUAUUGCAGUGUUGUUGGUUGUAAACAGAAAGACAUUGAAAAGGUUCUAUCUGUUUUACGUACAAUCAUGUGGAGCUUUUUUCACUAUCAUACCCACCCUCCGUUUGCAUUACCAACAAGUAUUAUAAUGUUUACAUGUAAUAUAGAAUUGAAUUUCAUACUACGAAGUGACAUAAUUAUUUAUUUAGGUUUCUGUUUAUGGUUUGUUGCAUUUCAAAGUUUGAAAACUUACAAAUAUGUUCACAUUAAACUGAGCCCAUUACAGCACAUAUAUAAGAACAAAAGAAAAUGACUACAGAAGUUUACGUCGAACAAAUUAAUGGGGAGUAUCUUUCUGGUCGUGUACGACUAUAUCAUAUUUAUAUAGCUAGAAAUCCCUCCAUUUCAAUUAUGUUUUUCUGUCAAAUAACGUAUGUAUAAAACAGUUGAGGUUGUCGAAUAAACGCGUCAAUUGUG